ACACACGCAUUUGCAUCACUGGAGGAAAAUUAGCAGGCAACGUAAUGUGACACACACCGAAGUGCGCCUCGCCGCUUAUUAUUUAACAUCAGCACGUAUAUAAUACGAAUUAAAUCAGUCCUGCAGCGUGCUGACCACUUUCUCUUUUUUCGCUUCGCAUUAUACUCGCGGCCUGAGAACGCGUAAUAGUGUUCAAAGUCUUCUCAGCUGAAGAGUGUCACACGCUGCUCUUGAUUUCUCAGUGAUCAAGAAGCGCGCAGUGACUGACAUUUGCAUAACAGCUCGGGUGGUUUCAUCUCGUAUGAAGACACACAGUUAUCAUUGCGUCUUGCGUCACCUCCCUGCUAAAUUGAUUCCAUGGCUCUGAUGAGCUGAUUUAUUGAUAAUUGGUGCAGCACAGCGAGGACGAUAUGUCGCUCUCAAACAAACCUGGAAUGAUUUUAAGCAUCAUAUUAAUAGUUCUUCUGUAUUCUUCAACAAGCUUUGCGAGAAAUCCGUGCGUCCCAAAAGACUUCAACAAGGGCGGAACCGUGUGCGUUUGCAAUUCCACUUACUGCGACACCAUCGAGCCGGCAGAUAAAGUGGCCGCCGGGAAAUUCCUCAUAUACUCAUCAUCGAUUGAUGGCCUGCGGCUUGAAAAAUCAGUGGGGAAUUUCUCCAACAGCACAAUCCCGAGUGGAGUUAAAUUCACCGUGAACAGGAACAGAACGUUUCAAAAGGUGUUUGGCUUUGGAACCGCGUUUACUGAUUCCGCAGGACUAAAUUUGCUGAAACUCAACAACACCGAGGCGCAAGACGCGCUUUUGAAAUCCUACUUUUCAUCAGAGGGCAUUGAGCUCAACUUUGGACGCGUGCCAAUUGGUGGCUGCGACUUUUCUACACGCACGUAUACCUACGAUGACAGCGAAAAUGAUACAAGCCUGUCGAAUUUUAAUCUCACUUCUGAAGAUUUUGAAUACAAAAUUCCAAUUAUCAAAAGGGCGCAAGAAAUUAGCGGGAAGCCAUUAAAGCUGGUUGCAUCCGCUUGGUCGGCACCACCGUGGAUGAAAACAAACAAUGAUUUUUCUGGCUUUGGCUUUCUGCAUGAAGAAUUUUUUGCCACUUGGGCAAAAUACCAUAUAAUGUUCCUGGAUGAAUAUAAAAACAACGACUUGAAAUUUUGGGGUCUGACGACCGGCAAUGAACCUCUGAACGGAAUAAUCCCCAUUAACAGGUUCAACUCCUUGGGUUGGAGUCCUCAAGCCCACAGAGACUGGAUUGCCAAUAAUUUAGGCCCUCAGUUGAGAAACUCGCAACACAACGCGACUAAACUAAUAGCACUGGACGAUCAAAGAUUUUUGCUUCCCUGGUGGAUUGAAUUGGUUUUCCAAAACGAAGACGCCAAGUCGUACAUCGAUGGAAUUGGAGUGCAUUGGUACUGGGAUACUCUCUACCCUGCGCAGUCACUUACUCGGACGCACUUGAAAUACCCGGAAAAAUUUAUUUUAGGGACGGAAGCUUGUGUUGGUGACAAACCUUGGGAGAAGGAAAAAGUAAUGCUGGGUUCGUGGGCCAGGGGCGAAAUGUACACCAGAGAUAUAAUUGAAGAUUUAAAUCACUGGGUCACUGGCUGGAUCGACUGGAAUUUUGCACUAGACAAAACUGGUGGGCCAAACUGGGCAAGUAACUUUGUCGACUCGGCGAUCAUUGUGGACGAGGAGAAUCAGGAAUUCUACAAACAGCCCAUGUUUUACGCUCUGGGCCACUUUUCAAAAUUCAUCCACGAGGGCUCGAAAAGGGUGCACCUUGGUCGGCAGAAGGGACCCAGUGCCCUCCAGGCGGUCGCAUUUCUUCGGCCUGAUCAGGCCAUGGUUGUCGUCGUUUUUAACGGGAAAGGAUUGGAUGUGCCGUUUAUCCUGGCCGACCCAAAGAGAGGCACCAUCAGAUUCACAGCAGCAAAGCAUUCGGUACACACACUCGUUUAUUGGUAACGGAAUAAAAUUAUAACCUCUAAUCAAGCUUAAUAAGUACAUUUUUUUCGGGAUCAAAACUUUUUACAUCCAUGAAAAUAAAGCUUAUUAAUGAAAUUAAUCGUUAA